AUGGCCUCAAACUCCAUAUCCUAUGUGUUACCACCACCAUCAAGAAGGCUUCCAAGAAGGCCCAAAAGGUCAAGGAACAAAGAUGGUGAUGAAAAAAAUAAGGACUCAACAAUGAUUAGUAGGAAAGGGAUGCCAAAUAAGUGCACCAAGUGUAAACAAACUGGUCAUAACAAGACAUCAUGUCCAAGACAAACCCAAGAAACCCAAAGGAAGACCCAAACUGAAACUGAAGCUCUACAGACCAAAACUGAAACUGUAGCUCCCCAAACUGAAACUCAACCUGACCUGACCCAAACUAAAACUGCCCAAGCUCAAACGCAACCUAUCAAACCCAGAGGAAGACCCAAGAAAAACCAACCCACACAAGCCCAAUCUCAACCUGUCAAACUCAGAGGAAGACCCAAGAAAAACCCACCCCUACAAGCCCAAUCUCAACCUGACCAGGCCAAACCCAUCAAACUCAGAGGAAGAUCCAACAAUGCACAAGCUCAAUCCCAGCCUGCACAAGCUCAGUUCCAGCCUACACAAGCUCAGUCACAACCUGCACAAGCUCAGUUCCAGCAUGUAGAAGCUCAGUCCCAGCAUGCACAUGCUCAAUUCCAGCCUGCACAAACUUAG